AUGUCAGUCAGCCCAGCGCCAUCCCUCCAACUGGCGGAGUAUCUCGAGAAGCUGCCCGGCACGACGUUUAGAAAACUCUACCAGCAGCCCUCCACCGCGUUCGCCAUCUUCCGUCGCAUGCUCCCCCAUCUCGCAAAGACUUUUGUCAUGCGCAUCCUCUACCUCCCUAAACCGAUUCUCCUAAGCGACCUCGAUGACUGGGUAAAGCCCAACGCAAAGCGCCAGAAGGAUCAGGCACUCGCUGUCCUGCGCGGAUUGCAUAUCGUGACGAUUACUACGCCGAGCAAGGAACGACCGCAGGAGAUGCACCUUACAUCGAAUUUUAAAAUUUCGUUACGACUCGCGCUUUCGGGAGGCGGUUCACACAACUCCUUUGGUGUGCCUUCAACACUACAAAUACCACCUGAAAUCGACAUCGCUUUCCUCGAUCGCUAUGCUAGAAAGAAGUGGGAGGAUAUCCUGCACUUUGUCGUGUCUAGUGUAGGCUAUAAGAGCACGGGCGAAUCUUCUGGACCGAAUAAGAGCGUGAAGGAACUCCUCGUCGCGGGCCGUCUCGUUGAUCGAAGACCUAGUGGUGCUAUCGGCAUUACGCAAGCUGGCUUCACCUUUUUGCUACAAGAGGCUAAUGCUCAAGUGUGGACGCUUCUGCUUCUCUGGCUCGAGGCUAUGGAUGUCAAUAAGAUGGCCGGUCUCGAAGCUACAGAUAUGCUUUCUUUCCUCUUCGUCCUGGCCAGUAUGGAACUUGGCCGUGCGUACGAUACUAAUGCUUUGACGGAACAGCGCAAGAACAUGCUGCCGUCCCUCGUCGACUUUGGUCUUAUAUAUAUCCCCAACCACAAACGCUCCAUGUUCUUUCCUACACGACUCGCUACAACACUUACAUCCAGCGGUAACAGUCUGCGCAGCAUCAGCGACGGCGUAGCAGCCGCCACAGCAGCAGCUCUCCAACCAGGCCAAUCCCGCGCCCCGGGCAGCAGCACAACAGCAUCUGCCAACGAACAGCGCGGCAGCGUAAUCAUCGAGACCAACUAUCGUAUCUACGCCUACACCCAGUCCACGCUCCAAAUCGCCGUUCUGGCACUCUUCACCAAGCUCCAAAUGCGUUUCCCCGACAUGGUCGCCGGUCGAAUCUCGCGUCAAUCCAUCCGUCAAGCCAUCAACUUUGGCAUCACAGCCGAGCAAAUCAUCUCAUACCUCUCAGCCCACGCACACGAUCAAAUGCGUCGCAGCGCAGCACUGAACAACAAGCCCAUUCUUCCACCCACGGUAGUCGACCAGAUCCGUCUAUGGCAGCUCGAAAACGAACGUAUGAAGACAACAGGCGGUUUUCUAUUCAAGGAUUUUGAAGAUCAAAAGGAGUAUCUUGCUGUGGCAGGCUUCGCGGAAGAAGUGGGUGUUUUGGUCUGGCGGAACGAUGUCAAGGGGAUGUUCUUUGCGAGCAAGCAUGAGCAGAUUAGGGAUUAUCUGCGGAUUCGAAAGAAGGCUGAGUAA